AUGGAUUCAUUGGUAUGGGACUCAUCAGAGUACUUACUACAACCGGUGCAAGAGUUCGGCAUGUUCCUUAUAACGCGAAUUAGCAAUUACACAGUUCAGCACUACGACACAUGCGCCGAAGCAAGAGAUUUGGAAGAUGCACACUGCCAAGCAGAUGAGCAUUGUGUAGCCGGGUUCACCGCCGGUAGAUCGCUGCGUAGCCCAACUGGAAAACUGCCAUCUGACUGGAUAGUGGAUGUGGACGCCGACAGUCAUGGUGUGUUCACUGGAAGAUGUCGUGCUGCGAUGCAGAGUUGUGAGAUAUAUGGUUGGUGCCCUGUUCUGGAAGAUAUGGAUUCUCUACAUGAUGGUCGUUUGAAGCCCUUAGUUACAUCGCUAAUGGAUUUACAAACGCACGCAGACGCCUCCACUAAGCUACACAUGCGCGCCAAAACCGAAACAAUGAAACGUUCUAAUUUGUUCAAGAAAAAGGAUAGCUUUCGUUUUGAACCGAUGCUCGAAGUGCUAAAUUUCACAGUAACUAUUAAAAAUGUUAUUGAAUUUCCUCGGUUUGAAGUGGCACGCCAAAAUAUACUCAACUGGAUGGACAAGGAGUACCUUCACACAUGCACUUACCAGCCACAUCACAACCGGAACCGAUACUGUCCGAAUUUCCGAAUAGGGGAUAUAAUAGACCUGGCCGGUGGGGACAAGUACCGUUUGCUACGUCAUGGAGGAGUGGUUGCCAUCACAAUAAACUGGCAGUGUGAUCUUGACUUGUCGAUAGAGCGGUGUUUACCGCGCUACGACUUCUUAUACCUAGAUGGGCAAGGUGGGGAUAACAAAGACAGCCCUGCAACAGACGGUGGUUGGCCAAUGGCCGUGGCAGUGCACGUGGGUGAGUCCAACAGUGAUGAUCAAAAAGGACCUCGCCGACUGUUAACUAAGGUGAACGGUGUCCAGUUCUUGAUUCGUGUCACUGGUGAGGCAGGAAAGUUUAAUUUGUUUAUUUUUACUAUGAACUUUGGUUCAAAUCUAGCCCUCUUGAGCUUAGCUUCUUAUGUAUGUGAUUACUUACUAUUCAACUGUACACAUGAUAGAAAAAGAUUUAUUCAGGCAUCACGUGCCACACUUGUGAAAUUGGCCAACCCAAUUACCUUUCUCUCGGGCUCACGGAAGUUUGUGCUAUUUAGCAGCCAACCUGCUGAAUGA